AUGGCAAGCGAUCAGAACACGGCAGUAACACCGAGUCAGGCGAUGAUAACUAGUAACCCACUGCCGGAGACAAACCCUGUUACCACCAUGGCAGCCUCACUUGCUGUGUCUAGGUCUCUCGACUUGGAAUUCGAAGCUGAAGGACCACCACCAGGCUUUGCAGGCACUUCUGCUGUCUCUUCUGGAACAAAGGUGGCAGAUCUUUUCUCAUAUACUUCAUUGCAGCUCCGGUUGGUAGAACCAACUACAAUAGACGCCAACGUCUUCACCCUAGCAUCAACCACGAGUGCACAGACUAUACGUCAUAGCACGACGCCGAUUAUCACAUCUGCAAGCCCAAGCACUGUCAUACCACAAGUAAGCAUGCCUCAAUACUAUCAACCAUCAGUAAGAUACGCCAUGCCACCUCUAUACUCAGCAGUGCUAACGGCAGCGUUGUCCACUCCACCGCAUCAACCAGUAGUUAUGCCUGCAGGAAUCAUGAAUGCCCCGGUUACACCAGGGAAUCAAGCUUACUUCCCAGGAUACUAUUACGGAACCCCAUACGAGUAUUUACCCCCAUAUAACACUUCAACGUACACUCCCCAGGGAGCAGCACAAGGCUAUGCCCAGCAGUCGCCAUACGUGGCUUAUAUGCCACCUUGGUGGACUUUUCCAACAUCACAGCCGGUUUACAGUCAGACCCCACCAACGGCGGAACCCGCGUAUGACAGAGGAAAUGCAUCUAGGCCUCGUUUUUCUCCGGGUGGAGGCCCUAGCCCUACACUUAACAUCGCCCCGGCUCAACCCCCUGUUACCCAGGGUACCAGCCAGGGUGGGGCAACUCCUCCAAUAUAA